UCUUGUCAAGAUCCCUCUUCAACAGCUAUCAGUUGAUAUGUCUCAAUGAGCCAAAUUUUUAUAGUGUUUACAAUACUUGAAUACUUAUUCAAAUUCAUAAAAUGACUUCUAAGUCUGAGAUCACCUUGGAGCAUUUUUAUAUUUUUAAUGGCACUUAUGCGAAGAAGGAAGGAGAGGAAGAAAAGAAAAUAUUGUAUUAUUAUCCAGAAAAGGAUAUAGAUGUUCAAAUCAAGAACAUAGGGCUUAGCGAAGCGAUAAUUAAGUUUACAGAGUCUUUCAGUCCUGGACAGCCAUGUGACUAUUGCCAUACACAUAAAACACGUCAGAUAUAUUAUCAACCAGAACCUAAUUUUUGGAUGGUAAUGAUUGUUGGUAUACCAUACAUCUACAAAGAAAGAGACGGUAAUAAAUAUCAGAAUGAUGAAGUAUCCAGCAAUGUUUGUCAAGCUAUAUUAAAGCAGACAUACAUGAUGUUUAGAUUAUUCAUGGGUUCUUUUGAAACUAUCAUUAAUGAUCCUGAAUGUGGUUCUGUAAUGUUGUUAAAACUUAAACUAGAACAUUUUUAUUCACGAGUAAGCAAAGUUACAUUUUUUUCAAUCAAAUAUAAGCUCGACAUGAAUAUAUGUCUUUACUGUUUCACUUUCAACUUAUUUCAGUAUCUGCUUUCAUUAAAACUGAAUAAUAGUGAUAUAUUAGAUGUUUUCCAAGGUUUACAAUUCUUACCUCUUGACAAGAUUACAUUUCUCAAAGUGCAAUGUUUUAUGAAUCUUGUAGAAGCUAUGUUUACACAGAUAAAAUACACAGCAUUUCUCUAUAAUGAUCAAGUUGUUUGGAGUGGCUUGGAACCUGAAGACAUGCAAGUAGUUUAUAAUUAUUUAGUAAGUACUCUUUUACCAGCUCAUCUUGAAAAAGAAUUACAUGGAGGCUCAAUACCUAGAAAUUCUCCCUCACCAUUCACUUCUUCACAUUAUGGAAAAUUUGUUACCGGACCUGCUAGCGUUAAUGAGCCCAGUUUAAUUGGAAAAUCACCAAAAGUUUUUAUCAACUAUUCUACUAAACCGGUAUCAUUGUAUCUAGUAGUGUAUCGAGCACUAAGCGCUACAAUAUGUCUCUUCGUCGAUAAGAAAACUAGUUUAUUAAUUGAUUUCUUUAAAAGCUUAGACGGUUUUCUGGGACCACAAUUAACCACAUUAGUUAGCUCUGUAGCUGAGCAGUGCUCAAAACAUGUAAUAAUUACACCGGAAUCGUGUACCAAGUAUCUGUAUUUUAAUAAGUUAAAUCUAGCAUACAAGAGUACAAUACAUUUAGAUAAUAGACGUUGCUCUAACGUACUUACAACACCUGAGGUAUUGAGGAUUAUUACUGAUAUAUACAAUGAUAGAAACAGAUUGAAGGAAGCUGGAGAAGUAAUUAUAAAGACUAUAAGUGAUUAUUGGGUUAUUGGAAAGUUAUCGAAUCUGAGAGAAUUUUUUGUUGUUAUACAACAGAAAAGUGCGAGUAUUAUAGAAAUUGAUGAUGAAGUAAAGAGACUCUGCGAGAAACAAUUAAAAAGUAUUUUUUUCCAUUGAUGAAUAUGCAAGGAAAAAUGGAAAUAUAUGAAAUUAUAAAUAUUCCUUAUUUUUAUCAUUAAUCUUUCAUAACAAUCCUCGCUAACUAUCAACAGGUAAUAUCUAUUAUGUGAAAUAAUUGUAGGAAGCUGUAUAUUUAUACACAUGUGAUAU